CAUCCGUCCUCUCUCAGGCUUCCACCGGGUCACGUGACGCGUUCCAUUUCAGUUCGAAGCUCAGAGCGUUCUAACCCCGAGUCGUCCACGGAACCAGCCCGAGUUUUAACGACAAUAAUUCUCUUAGACAUAAACCUACGGGAUAUAUUUAUAUGCCUAUCAUUUAUGAUACAUUUGGUGUGUAAAAAAAACAGUUACAACUGAAAAAGAGAGGUUCGUCAUUUAUGCUUAUAAACGUGGCGUAGGGAAUACUCAGUGAAAUGUAGCCUAAACAGUUGCAAAAACAUAUUUCUCGGUUCUGUAGACAUGCGUAGCAUGGUAGAAUAGGGACACGGAUCGAAUUUAGCUCAAAUGUCAACGCGGCGAGUUUGUGGCGUUUGGCUGAAACCGCAAGUCUGAGGAAAGGCGCGGGCCACUCCGACGGACGACGAGGAUACGACGUGAUUUUGUUUCAAUAACAGAGUUACAGGGAAUUUCAAUGUGAUCCAUUACGUCCAUCGACAUGUUAGCACAUUAAUCUGUACGCAUUCGAUUUCAAUUUGUUAUUGUGACACACCGCUCGAAAGUGGAGGGGCAAAGAUCAGAUCAGAUCAGGACUGAGUGCACGUGUUUGUGAGAAUUACCGGAGACGCAGACAUCUAAACGGAUCGGUUCGUACUCUACAAAGACCACGACGCGGUUACCUUCUGGCGACUUCGAUGGUGUAUGAACGCGUUGACAGUCCUGGAUCUACAGCUGCGCUUUGCCGUCAACUUUUGACACUCUCUCCCGGAGAUAAUAACCCCACUCCGGCACACCCCCAUCCAAGUUUUGAGCGUCGGAUUCCGGGGAAGGGAAGAAGGGCACGGAGGAGAUAUGGCGGUGACCGUGACUUUAUCGCUCUCUCUCCUUCUCUUAUCUCUCUCAAGUACAGGAGCGGAGAAUGCAGAGGAGCGUCUGGUGAACUACCUGUUGAGUCCAGAGCGUUAUAACAAACUGAUCCGUCCUGCUGUUAACAAGAGCCAGCAGGUUACCAUCUCUAUACAGGUGUCUCUGUCACAGCUCAUCAGUGUGAAUGAGAGAGAACAGAUUAUGACCACCAACCUCUGGCUGUUCCAGGAGUGGAAUGACUACAGACUGAGAUGGGACCCAGAGAAAUACGAAGGCAUCAAAAAACUACGAAUCCCAUCUCAACACAUCUGGCUUCCUGAUAUUGUUCUCUACAACAAUGCAGACGGGGUGUACGAGGUCUCCUUCUAUUGCAACGCCGUGGUGUCCAACACAGGAGACAUCUUCUGGCUCCCACCUGCCAUCUACAAAUCAGCCUGCGCCAUCGAGGUCCAGCACUUCCCCUUCGACCAGCAGAACUGCACGCUCAAGUUCCGCUCGUGGACCUACGACCACACCGAAGUCGACCUCAUCCUCACCAGCGACUUCGCCAGCCGGGACGACUUCACGCCGAGCGGCGAGUGGGACAUCGUGUCGCUGCCCGCCCGCAAGAACGAAGACCCCGACGACAUCACUUACCUGGACAUCACCUACGACUUUGUCAUCAAGAGGAAGCCACUGUUCUACACCAUCAACCUGAUCAUCCCCUGUGUCCUCAUCACCUCUCUGGCCAUCCUGGUCUUCUACCUGCCCUCUGACUGUGGGGAGAAGAUGACCCUGUGUAUCUCUGUCCUGCUGGCCCUCACUGUCUUCCUGCUGCUCAUCUCUAAGAUAGUACCGCCCACCUCUCUGGCUGUGCCUCUCAUAGGUAAAUACCUGAUGUUCACUAUGGUGCUGGUCACCUUCUCCAUCGUGACCAGUGUGUGUGUCCUCAACGUUCACCACCGCUCCCCGUCCACCCACCGCAUGCCUGACUGGGUCAAACGCCUCUUCCUGCUCCGCCUCCCCGCCUUCCUCCUCAUGAGACGACCCGGGAACAAUAACGUCCAGGAAAAAGUUAGACGGAAGCACGCCACUGCCGGGAACACCACCUCCGGGAACCCUGGGAAUUCCCGAGGAGGGGCGAAAAAGCGCUAUUCCGACAUCAAGCUGGGAGGAAUCCAGACGGACUCUGACUCGUUCUAUGUGAAGGAGGAUUCGGCCCGGAAGUUUGGCUGGAAGGUGGGAGACGUGUCGGGGGACGGCGGUGUCCCCGAGAUCAGGCGUCGCGUGGCGGUCCAGUGGGACGCUGACCUGGAGGAGGCGGUGGAUGGAGUGAGGUAUAUCGCUGAACACAUGAAGACAGAGGAUGGAGAUGAAGGGAUCAUAGAGGACUGGAAGUACGUAGCGAUGGUAAUUGACCGUCUGUUCCUGUGGAUCUUUAUCCUGGUGUGUGUGGUGGGAACCCUGGGUCUCUUCAUGCAGCCCCUCUUCCAGAGCUACAACACUCCUACUGCAGACAGCAACGAGUAUGGUGAUUUCUGAGAGCCCCUGGGCGUCGGAGAGGGAAACCCUGUAGCAGCUAAAUGGACCGUUGUCCUACGAACUCUGGAGCAACCUGUGCCAAAGCACCGUCAGUAGUACUUCUCCCCUCGUCAGUAGCUCAUGAAGCAUUAUAAGACAUUAUAGAGGUACUAUACGGUCUACUGUGAGCCGUACGCUGGAUCUCUCUCUCUAACUCUCUCUGGGCUCUCCACUCUUCAAGACAAGCUAGAUCUCAACUAACAACAGGAUGCUUUCAGGUUCUCUUCUCUUCCUUCUCAUGUACUAUUCAUGGACAGUGUCUCUCUUUCGUUUUGUUUGUUCACUCUCUUUUUUUCUUUCUUCCUUCCUGUCUGUCUCUGUCUCUGUCUCUGUCUCUGUCUCUGUCUCUGUCUCUGUCUCUGUCUCUGUCUCUGUCU